GGUGUGGAAGGCAAUAGGCAAAUUUCUGAGUUGGUUUUCUAUCUCAAUACCUUCUGAGAUAGAGAUCAGAAACUCGUUUUUGUCUUUCACUGAACCAUCUUCUCUAGACCAACUUUUAUUUUUGCUGUUGGACUUAUAACACGAGGAAAAUGGCAUUCAGUGGGACAACUGAGAAAUGCAAGACUUGUGAUAAGACUGUUCAUUUUAUCGAUUUAUUAUCAGCUGAUGGAGUUUCUUAUCAUAAGACCUGCUUCAAAUGCAGUCACUGCAAUGGACUUCUGGUGAUGAGCAGCUAUUGCUCAAUGGAAGGAGUCCUAUAUUGCAAGCCUCAUUUUGAGCAACUCUUCAAGGAGACCGGCAGUUACACAAAGAAAUUCCAAUCUGGGAAAUCCGAUAAGCCAAAUGGCCUGGCAAGGGCUCCUAGCAGACUGGCAUCCUUCUUCUCUGGCACACAAGAUAAAUGCGGAGUCUGUAACAAAACCGCAUACCCAUUAGAGAAGGUGACUGUGGAGGGCGAAAACUACCAUAAAUCCUGCUUUAGGUGUUCUCAUGGGGGUUGCUUCCUCAACCCAUCAUCCUAUGCUGCAUUGGAUGGUAUUCUCUACUGCAAGCACCACUUUGCUCAGUUGUUCAAGGAGAAGGGCAGCUACAGUCAUCUUACGAAGACAGCUUCCUUGAAGAAAAAUUCAGCAGGAGCUUCAUCGGAACAAAAUUCUGAAGCCGAAUCUGAAUCAGAAUCAAAGCCAGGAGAUGAGCCAAAACCAGAAGCAGAAGAAAACCCUGCUGAAGCUGUUGCACAAGACCAAUAGUAGAACACUCACUGAACCUUCAGGGGCAUUGGGCUUUAUCCGAAUUGGGUGUUGGCCUUGUUCUGUUUUCGCUCUAGUCUCAUGAAGAAGUUCCUGUGGCCCAAGGUCUCCCUGUUCUCCGACUUGCAAGCAAAUCCAGGGUGCUGGUCCAUCUUCCAUUCCAAUUGAUUGGAAAUCUCAUGAAAGGAAAAACCAAAAGUUGUUUUUGUUUCCUUUCACGCAGCGGCAGUAUACCUUGUAUGCGGGCAACUGUUAAACUCUGAGGGGGUCCUAGGGCUGGUUUUGCGUGGAUGGGCAAUCCUUUCAGAUUUCAGACUUUCACCAUUGUAUUGCAUUGCGUUUGAAAUGAGAUGAAUUCAGUUUUUCCAUUGCUUGAAAUGUU